UCUUAGCCCAUGGCUCGAAUUUGAUAUUUUGUCGAAUCGUGUUUGGUCGUACCCGGCGUUAUAUUUCUUACACGCUUUUACUGUUUUUAGAUACUUUGUUUUUAUUAAUUAAUAUUUUCUCAAUCAUGCAAAAUCUGUGUAAAUUUGAAUUACAGUACUGCAAACUGCUGUGCAAAACUAAGCCCAUAAACCAACAACCGGUUAGGUACACUAGAAAACCCAGAUGGUUGCCAAAAGCGCCGACUAAAAUCUUCCGCGUACCCGUUCGACCACAGAUUUCCACCGACGAGAGGAAUGAACUGUUCCUAUUGUUCACCAACUACAGGACUACCAUGAAAUCGAUACAAAAACAACUGGAAUACGAACUGGAGACAUCGUUUACAGGUCAAGAGGUGUUGCAGGAAAUCGCCAAUAAGGAAGAACAAUUGUGGGCAAAAUGUAUGGAUAUCAACGACAAUUGGAAUGCUGAAGUGGCCCUAGAGAGGGAACAGAGAUUGGCACAUGAACGUGAGGCCCGUCGAGAAGAGAUUUUAGCACAACUCAUAGAAAAAGAAGAAGAGAAAAAGAAAAAAUUAGAAGCGAUUGAAGAAAUUGUCAGAUUGGAAAAGGAAAAAUCGAAAAGUUAUAUCACCAUUGACAACAUAGAUGAAGCUAUUGAAAAAGCAUUAGAUAAUGUGGUCGAUCACAAAUACGCUAUAGAUUUAGCUGGUAAUAUCAUCAAAGGUAAUAGUCCACACGAACCUACUACCGAAACGAGCACUAAUCAAAUGCGAGUGCAGACAAUCAACUAAUCUUUGUGCUCUGUUAAUAUUUUAAUUCACGUAAAUAUGUAUAAAUAUAAUAUAUAUUUUUUUUCUAAUUAGAAUAUGCCAUUUAGUUGUCUAGUUGUUAUUAACAUUGUUUUAUAAAGUAAUUUGAACAAUAAGAACGUGUUUGGUCAUAAUUUAAUUUAUUUUUAUCAAU